ACUCAACUAAUUCCCGGAGAUAUCAAGAUGGCGAUACGUGGCUCCAACGCCAACGCCGUCGUCCUCACGACGACCAUCUGUCUCGUCAUUCUCUUCAACUUUGUCUCCGUCCUCAUGUUCUACCUCAACUUUGAGGGAAAGAACAUAUUCAUGCCGUAUUACUCGGACAGGAACAUCGUACCAUUCCCGCUCCUCUUCAAGGAGUUCGAUCUGAGCAACAAGGACGCGAUAAGGUCCUCGGUGGGACGUGGCAGGCCAAGGGACGAAUUGUGCUCCCGCAGAGUACUGCCUGAAUACGACACUUAUCGUCUAAAUGGAGAAGGCGUACUAGAACAUGUUAACAGUAGAAGCUUCUGGGUGUCAAAGGACAUGCCGCCGGGAUGGUUAUCGUACACUGCCGUUGAUAAGCUCGUUUUAACGCUUCUAGAUGCGUACAGAUUCGACUAUGUCAUCUAUGAUACCAUGCUGGAUAACGAGUCCGAAGAUACUCGUACCAUAUUCACGAAUCACAUGACGUUCAUAAGGGACAGAAUGGAGCAUUCUGAAGUGCAACUGCGCGAUAGGCUGUACAAGCUCAAGUGUCCUCAUCCAACCAUAACUGUCUCUGCUGUAAAGGCGAUUUUGUCCGGUGAUACGCGAAGCGUUGGAGCGAUGACUGAUAAUCUCAAUCCCGGAAAGUUGAGCCUUGACCAUAUACCUAAUCAGUGUCAUUGUAAUAAUCUAGAGAUAAACCUAAUUGGUGAUGUAACAUCCUACAAUCUCGCAACCGACUGCUUUAAAACGAGCAUAACGAACAUGGAUGCGAAUACUGUAAAUGAUAUCUACGUUGCAGAUAACCUGGUGUAUGAAAACUACAAGGAUUACCUUGAUAGAUCUGACAUUUUGCUCCUGCAUUUGGUCGGUAUGGAUCACUUGGGUCACUGCGGAGGACGUUUGACCAAAGAAAUGACGAAUGUCAUGAAAAACUACAACAUUUUUACAAGGGACCUGCUCGAUGCCUGUGGAAAGCUCAACAACUACAUGCUGUUUUUCUUUGGCGACCAUGGACAAAGAACAAAUGGCUCGCAUGGACGCGAUUCUGUGGAAGAGGUGGAAACAUUUCUGUGGAUACACACCGAUCAUCCAUUGAGGGAAUAUAAACCUGAAACUUGCCCAAUUAGUGAAACUCCAGCCGGGUACAGAGUUCACCAUUCAUCAUUAAAUGGGCAAGUUCCACUAAAUUACAAUGUUGGAGAAGAAACUCACAUGAAUUUGGCAGCUACAGUUUCCCUACUAUCAAAUAUCCCAGUGCCAUUUCACUCUGAGGGCACACUGAUAUCUUCCUCUGUACCACUGAUUAGGGGAAAAGAUGGGAAUAUAGACCAAGGAUUGUCUUCCAAAUUUUAUAUUCAGCUCCAUCACGUAAACUUGCACCAGUUAUUGCGCAAUAUUGAUGCCCUGUCGACCAAAAUAGAACCUAACAAAUACAAGAGACAAAGUGCAAAUGUUCAAGUAAUGAGGCUGCAGCUGGCAAAUUUAUACAUUCUUGUGCGUUUGCUUGACUCUUUGGAUGGAGAAGUUGAUACUUUUAAGGAUGUAGAGGCUGUAUAUAACUCCUAUGCUAACAUGUGUAAAUCAAUGUCUAAAAUCUCUGGAAAGUUGAUCAAUCAAUUUACAAGGGCAUUUACAUUCCACUACUUGUACACUUCGAUUCUCAUCCAAUACGUUGGACUUAUUGUUUUGGUCUAUUGUGUUGCUUUCUCACUAGGAUAUUACCAAUAUAGUAAAUCUGGUGUAAAGGAAGUUGACCGUUCUAGGGGCUAUAUCAUUGAUCAAAUAAAGAUUAGGUUGUUAAGAAAUGUUGCUCUAUCAUUAGCAAUAUCGCUGUUCCUUAGUGCAACCUUUGAAGUGGAUAUUCCUAUUCGGGGCCAUACUAUACACGUGAGUUGGCCAUUGGAUAACUUUAUUACGCACCUAGCCAAACGUUAUACAGGAAGUUUUGAAAGGAUGUUUGUCAUUGAGGAAAGUACCAGUAUAUUCAAUUUUUCGAUAUUAUUUACCAGUAUCAUGACCUUGUUAUUUCUGUAUGAUUCACCGCUGUUGUUUUCUAGUAUAAAGAAUUUUAAUUCUUGCACAUUAUUUCUGGAAUCAUCUGAAACCGUAAAGAGCUCUCCAAUUGGGGUGUUUUUCCACUCUUUAGGGUCAUACAACUUUAGGCAUGUAAGCUUGAUCGUCUAUGCUAUAAUAUUUGUAAUGGUUCUAGUAUCUGAAUGCGCGCUGUAUAGCCAUGAUACCAUAUCCAGACACUUGUUUAUAAUAUGUCUAUUGGCUGAAUUCGUGCCAGUGUUGUUCCGGGAAGGGGAUGAUGAGUUGUUUAAAACUGUUAGGAGGAGAUUGCUUAUAAUCUGCGUAACAUGCAAGGUGGCCUCAUUUUUCCAUGACUACAGGCUAUUUAUGUACGCUUCAUCAUUGCCCCCAGAGUUCUGGAUAAAGGUCGAGACAUUUAUGGGAAAUUUUGAAAUUGGUGCUUUAUCAUUAGCAAUAUUCUACCUUUUAUCAAUUAAAGUGACAAGGUAUUUUGGAACUGAACAAAAGGAUCCAUUCUUGUCUCACAUCUCAGCAUGCACAAGUACAUUUAAGGCAAAGGGGUUCCUCAUUUUUUCCUGGACCAUGCAAUUUCUGCUUGUAUUGCUGAAUUUUGGAUCUAAAAUGCAGCAUUCCCUAUCAAAAAUAGACGGAAUAUUACAUUCGCUUUACAAUGCGUACAAUAUUAAGACCUUUACAAGUGUGUUGUUUGCCUGGAAGGCAAUUGUUGUUUCUCUAAUUUCAUCCUUGUUGUUGAUUACAAAUCCAUUUCAUUUAUUUUUCAAAAAGGGCUCUAAGCAUAGACUAGAAAGUAUCUUGAUACUUGUUAUACCAAAUUGGUGUUGGCUAUUAUUUCUCUUCAUUGGACCAAAAAGGUCUCUACACGUUUUAUUUGCAAUAAUAUGCAUGUACCAUUCGUGUGCUUUGAUAAUAACCAAUAAUAAAAGGAUACACUUGUCUCAUUCUCUGAUUAUAAAUUCAUUGGCGGAUGUGUUCUAUUUCAGUUCUGGGCAUAUAGAUUUGCUGACGGAAUUGCCAUUUGAAGCUGGAUUUAUCCUUACAAGCACAUAUGUAUGGUACUUUUCAGAUACCGGUGCUUUUUUCAAUGUUUCUGGCAUGUACAUUCUCGGGUCUCUCGUUCUAAUGUUCACAUAUCUGAGUUUGGCCAGUUUAAACCAUGAUUUGGAAUCAAACUCGAAAAAAAUGCAUGUUCCAAAAAAGAGCUUUAAAUUGCAAAGUAUAUCACACAUUAUUACUCUGUGCCUAUUACUCUUUUCAGCGCUCAUGUUUGUAACACUUGUUAUCAUUCUAAAACUUCAUCAAACUCCAUGUAUCGCCGAUUUGUCGUUUCCAAAGGCUUAUUUUGUAUUUGUAAAGAACAUUGUAAACAUAGGCACGCAGUGCAUCAUAUUCAUGGCUGCGGCUAUUUUUUAG